AUGGAGGAAGUAAGUAUCGCAGCAGUUCAAACCGCCACCUGGAAGUUCGGUGAAGAAUUUACCUUCGAGGACACACCGAAAUCUGGCCGUAAAACGGGACCGGUAGACCGAAAAUUGGACCAGAACAUCACCCAAGCUUUCUUCAAUAAGAAAAGUGCCUCUGUUCGAGAUUUGGCCAAAAAACUUAGAACAUCGAAGAGUAACGUCAAACGUGCCAAGGCAAGAAACGGGCUGAAAACGUUCAAGAAGCAGAAGAAUCUGAAACGGAGUCAGAAACAAGCCGCAACUAUUUCACUGUCGAUGUUUCGCAAUUUCCAAUCAGCUGGAAAGGAUCAAAGUGAUAUCUUUACGUUUGAAGACGAUAAUGACCUGACCGAUUUCGGUCGGCUGUUGGUGGAUCUGGUAGUUAAAAUGAAAGCUGGUCAUUGCUAUGCCUUCAUCACUGAUCGUAUCUACGAGGUGGUUCUUACUGAUAGACUUUUCCUGGAGAUCGAAAACCAACCGCGGUAUGUAGUUCGUAUUCCGGACGAUGAAGACACGUUAGACCCGGGUCCACGUGUCCGUUGCAUGCUCGAGGAAGUUCGGAAAAUUGGUUGCGGUGCUUACGUAAUACUGCUUGCCAAUGGGAUCCAGGUGGAACGGUUGUUACGCUUCGGGGAUAGAACGCGGAUUAUCAAUACCCGCGCUAAAUUCAUCAUUCUUCACGACUAUCGUUUGCUCGUUCCUGACCUGCAUUUCUUGUGGAAGCGAAUAGUGAACGUCGUUUUCGUCAGAGAACUAGUGAUUGACAAGGCAAGAAGCAAGGUCAAGGACAACGGCCGACAUUAUGAACUCAGUACCGUUCCGUUUCCGCUUCCUAUGAGGGGAAUUUUCAUUUCCAAAAGAUUGGAUUUUUGGCAUAACGGAAAGUUCCGAAAGGGGCGUAAAUUGUUUACAGAUAAAGCCAACAAUUUGGAUGGUCAAACGAUGAGGGUCGUAGUGCUGGCACAUACUCCAGUCAUAUUCAGAACAUCCUACAACGAUACUGACGCACAUCUGAAGUACUACGGCUUGGAGGUGGAGCUACUAAAGGCAGUCUCCGAAGCGAUGAAGUUUAAAAUGGAUUUCUACGAAUCGGACGAUGCAGCCACUGUGAUGUGGGGAACAGUCACUGACGAGGAUAAUGCUACUGGAUUACUCGGUGAAAUGUAUGAAGGUCGCGCCGAUUUUGCUCUGGCUGAUCUUCACCAUACGCAGUACCAUUUGGAAAUAAUGGACCUGAGCAUCCCGUACAAUACCGAGUGUCUGACGUUCCUUACUCCGGAGGCGUUGACUGAUAAUUCCUGGACUACGCUAAUUCUUCCGUUUACCGGUGGUAUGUGGGCCGGCAUUCUGACUUCGCUUUUCUCAAUAGGAACGGUUUUCUAUGCGCUGUCGAGGUUGCUUAUGUACGUACGGCAUGAAAAGUCCUAUCAACAUGAUUUGGAUAUGAUCGCGAAAAGAUCUAGGAAGUACAAAAAGAAGAAAGUACAGUUCAAAAUGAUUGGCUUACUGAAUGUCUAUAAGCAGAAACUAGGUAAGAGGAAGUGGCUGAAACUCAAGAGGAAAGCAAAUGAUAUUGAUGUAGCUAAAUUGAAAAAGCUCAAAAUGGUCCCAUUCAAGAGGCAAGCGCUUCCAUGGAAGGAUCCACUGCCUCCCCGUGACAUUUUUGAUACUUUUGCCGGCUGUAUCAUCUAUACGUACAGUAUGCUUUUGCUAGUCUCCCUGCCGCGUCUUCCGAGAGGAUGGCCUUUGCGUCUUCUCACUGGGUGGUACUGGGUUUAUUGUAUUCUUUUGGUGGUAGCUUACCGAGCCUCAUUGACUGCCAUCCUGGCCAAUCCCGUGGCUAGGGUUACUAUUGAUAAACUGAAAGAUUUGGCCGACAGUCACAUCCGGUGUGGAGCAUGGGGUGAACAAAACAAACUGUUUUUCCAAACCGCUCAGGAUCAAGCAUCGAUGAUGAUCGGAGACAAGCUUGAGCAUACUCCCAGAGCGGAUGCAGCGGUUGAGCGGGUCGUCGAAGGCAAUUUCGCCUAUUAUGACAAUGUGUAUAUGUUGAAACACCUCCGUGCUACGCAAAACUCAGAAAAAGCCCGCGAAACAUUGCACAUCAUGGAGGAUUGCGCCGUUCAUAUGCCGAUAUCGAUAGGAAUGGAGAAGAACUCACCGCUUAAACCGAAGGUGGAUAAGUACGUGCGAGCGUUGGUUGAAACAGGUCUAACCAAGAAGUGGCUGGCAGACGCAAUAGAAGACUUCCAGUCUAACGUUGAACUGCCACCCCAGGAAGCCACGAUAGAUUUGAAGAAACUGACGGCUGCGUUUAUUGCACUUGCGAUCGGAUAUGGACUGGCGCUGCUAGCAUUUAGUGCGGAGAAACUGUACUGGAGAUGUGUGGUCGAAAGGCAUCCUGCCUAUGACAAGUACAUUGUUGGAUCGUACAGGGGAAAGAAUCACCUAAGAAUUCAAAACUUCCUUUCUUCUCCACAUAAAUUCCUUCAUCUGGGCACCUCCCAAUCAACGGCCAACAAGGUUGUCCAUACGAAGGUGUCGUCUCGAGAUGGCGAGUUUUCUACUGUUCUUGAUUUUAUAGUGACGCCAUCAAUCACCGAGCUACCGACAGGUAAGGUAGAAAUCAAAAACUGGCCACUCCCUGCUGGCAUCGAGCUAGCAGACCCAGCGUUUGAUGUUCCGGAAGUCGUCGAUGUGAUUAUCGGCGCUGAAAUAUUCUACGACAUUCUUAUGAAGGGACGUGUGAAGAUAGGAAGUGACUUCCCGACACUGGCUGAAACUGUGUUCGUCAGCGGUUCUGCGGGGACCAAGCAAUCGGCUGUCCAAAGACGAGACUGUCAGCUAGCAACCACGUAUGAAGAUGUCAACCGUACUCUCUCCAGAUUCUGGGAACUGGAGGCAGGGUAUCACACCAGCAAGAUGACCGCAGCAGAACGUGCUGUAGAACAACAUUUCGAUGAAUCGCACAGCCGAAACAAUGAGGGGCACGUUGUUAGACUGCCAUUCAAUAAUCUCAAGGGUCAACUGGGCGACUCUUAUGAGAAUGCGAAGCGCCGACUUGGAAGGCUGAUGGUCAGUCUUACCAAAAACCCAUCCAAGCGAGAAGCCUACACGCAAUUCAUGACAGAAUAUGCGACUCUGGGCCAUAUGCAAGAGGUAAGCCACAACCCGGAGGAAGGCUACUUCUUACCGCACCACGCAGUCUACAAGGCCACCCGCUCGACUACAAAAGUUCGAGUGGUUUUUGAUGCCUCGGCGGCGUCAAAGCGACUUGGUCACUAUCAUGCUACGUUUCUGUACGCAUCAGGUAGUGCUAACAGCGGAUGUACCUAA